AUGAACAACAACAACCGAGGAAGGUAUCCUCCAGGGAUUGGCGCUGGCCGUGGAGCCUUUAACCCUAACCCUAAUUUCCAAUCUCGGCCUGGUUAUCAACAGCAGCCGCCGCCACAAUACGUCCAGCGCGGCGGUUAUCAACAGCAGCAGAAUCACCAGCAACAAUUUCAGCAAGCGACGUCGCAGCCGCAUCAGUACCAACAGCAACACCAGCAGCAGCAACAACAACAAUGGCUUCGAAGACCACAGAUCUCUGGCGGUAACAGUAACGGUGACGCAGUCGUUGAAGUUGAGAAAACUGUUCAAUCCGAAGCUAUCGACACAAACUCGGAAGAUUGGAAAGCGAGGCUAAAACUUCCCGCACCUGAUACUCGCUUCAGAACAGAGGAUGUGACAGCAACUAAGGGAAACGAGUUUGAAGAUUACUUUUUGAAAAGAGAGCUUUUGAUGGGAAUAUACGAGAAGGGUUUUGAGAGACCUUCUCCUAUCCAGGAAGAGAGUAUUCCAAUUGCCUUAACUGGUAGAGAUAUCCUUGCCCGAGCUAAGAACGGCACUGGCAAGACAGCCGCCUUUUGCAUUCCUGUCUUGGAGAAAAUUGACCAAGACAACAACGUUAUUCAAGCUGUGAUCAUUGUUCCAACUCGAGAGCUAGCACUUCAGACAUCGCAGGUGUGUAAGGAGCUGGGGAAGCAUUUGAAGAUUCAAGUCAUGGUGACCACUGGAGGCACCAGUCUGAAAGAUGACAUCAUGCGUUUGUAUCAGCCUGUCCAUUUACUGGUGGGAACCCCUGGGAGAAUUCUGGAUCUUGCCAAGAAAGGUGUUUGUGUUUUGAAAGAUUGCUCCGUGCUCGUUAUGGAUGAGGCUGAUAAGCUUUUAUCUCAAGAGUUCCAACCUUCAGUGGAACAUUUGAUUAGCUUUCUCCCGGAAACUCGUCAGAUUUUGAUGUUCUCAGCCACGUUUCCUGUCACUGUCAAGGACUUUAAGGAUAGAUUUUUGACGAAUCCUUACAUUAUCAAUCUCAUGGAUGAACUUACGCUCAAGGGUAUUACCCAAUUCUAUGCUUUCGUUGAAGAGCGACAGAAGAUUCAUUGCUUGAAUACACUUUUCUCCAAGCUGCAAAUUAACCAAUCGAUCAUAUUCUGUAAUUCUGUGAACCGUGUGGAGCUCUUAGCUAAGAAAAUCACAGAACUUGGAUAUUCUUGCUUUUACAUUCAUGCAAAGAUGCUUCAAGACCACCGAAACAGAGUGUUCCAUGACUUCCGCAAUGGUGCAUGCCGGAAUCUUGUGUGUACUGACUUGUUCACACGUGGGAUUGACAUUCAAGCAGUCAACGUGGUGAUAAACUUUGAUUUCCCAAAGAAUGCAGAAACUUAUCUCCACAGGGUUGGUCGAUCUGGAAGGUUUGGCCAUCUUGGUUUAGCUGUGAAUCUUAUCACCUAUGAGGACCGCUUUAACCUUUACCGGAUUGAGCAAGAGCUUGGAACGGAGAUCAAGCAAAUUCCUCCACAUAUCGAUCAGGCAAUUUAUUGCCAAUAG